AUGGGAUACGCCAUCCCACUCGGGAAGAUCAUGCUUCACCACAACAUCAAUACCGGUCCUGGUGUUCUUCUUUCGUCAAGCAAAAUAAUAAGGUCCCGCCAAUUAAUGGAAAGGAAGAGCAACAGGAGGGUCUCUACGGGUAGCCGAAAGAAGAAGUCUGCUAGUAGGAAACCGUCUCCGGUAAAGGGAAGAUCCGGGAGCAAGAAGGACAAACAACCGAUAGAAUUCGAAGAUCCGCCCUGUGAAACGCAAAAUGAGGACGAUUCGGCCUCCAGCUCCGAACGAACGGCUUCACAUAAUACCGAAGAAAAUGAGUCCGGUAAAGGAAAAAGACCGAUAAACGAGGAACAAUCGGCCAGUCUUGAACAUGCCGAUACCGGUGCAAAGAGCCUUGGGGAGGAAAGAGAUCACGAUAACGACAACAACCAGGAGGUGGCCGAGAACAUCGUGCGCAGAAUCAUGGAGGAAAUCGAUCUGCAUGCUUACGAGGAAUCCGAAGUAUACUGUGAGUGGUUCCGGUACCGGUGUGACAAAUUCUACAAACAAAUGCUACCGGGCCUAACCGUUGGACAAAGAUUCGAAAGGUUGAUGGAGAUAGAGGAGGACGUCAUCAACCUAACAAAAGCUAAGGAUCCCAACGAAGCCUUAGAACGACACGCAAUAGUGGAACCGCUAGCCGAACAUAUUCGAAAACUAACAGAAAAGUAUACUCCGGGAACACCAAAGUCUCAACUACAACUCUUGGUGUUGGAGUUACUUGCGGUCAAGAAAGGAGAGUUCAUCGACAAAGUGGCGUGGCAUGAAGAGGUGCCCGAACAACAAGAUACAACGCACUCUCCGCCUCAUGAGAAUGUUGACGGUCAGAAUCCAGGCGAUACGUCUCCUUCAGCGGAUCAGACAAUCAACAUAACCGACGACAGGAUAGAGACUCCUCUCACCGACAAUCUUGAAUCUGCUCAAGUCCGGAAUUCAGAACCGGCCGUAACAGAAGAAAGAGUCAAGACUCUCAUUGAAGAGUUUGUCAACGACGCGGUUAAGCCAUGGAAGAGGAAAAUUAAGAAAGCCGUGGUUCAAGCAAUUAAGUUGGCCGAGACAACAAGGGAUGAUCUUGGCAAGGCGGACGAGCGGAUCACGUCGGUCGAAACCAACUAUGGUCAUGCCGAUGUUCUGUACGGCGCUCAUCUUAAGCGAACCAUAGCCUUGGAGGAUACGACUUCGAAGUUAGUGGAUGACCGGUCUCAAGAAGAGACCGAGCACCGGUUGACAAAGGUCGAUGAGGACCGGGGGAGGUCAAGUACCCAAGCCGGUUUAACACUUGACAGGUUCAUAAGUCUUGAAGAGAAGAAUGCAACCCUUGAGGAAAGAAACAUCAAGCUUGAGGCCGACUUCAAAGCGUUCACCGAACAGGUGACUGAGUUAAUAAAAGCCAAACUUGCUGCGGAUAAGGCAAUUGAGGAGGCGAAUGCCCUCGCGGCACGGCAAGUUCAAGUUGCGCUGGAUGAGGAAACACGGAAAAAGAAGGAGGCUGCGUGGUCUGAUGCAAACAUAGCCAAAGUGACGGCCAAAAAUCUGGCUCUCGCAAAAUCCAUAGCGGCCAAACAAGCAGAAGAGGCUAACCGGUUGAAGGCUCAACAGGAAAAAUACCACAAUUUCGAAAAGAUUCACAAGAAGUCCCAGGCGGCUCCUUCCUCUUCGGCUCCGGCAACAUGA